AUGUCUGCCAAUGAAAAGCAGAAGGGACUGGCGGCAGCUGACCACAGUGAUGAUGCUGAGGGCCAUGAUGAAGAAGACACGUCUGAAGACAAGGAUGGGAUUACACAUAAAGCAGGAAGACUAUCCAAAGAAGAGGUAUUGAAAGCAGAAGAAUUUGGCAAGAGGGUUAUGGCCAAAGUAACUGCAAUCGGAAAAGAGUUUGGCAAACAUCAGGGGUUGAUUCUUAUUGAGGCAGGACUGGCGACAAAGGCAACUUGUAAGGAGUCGACCUGGAACCUACAUCAAGCCUGGUUCCCGACUGUAUACAAGGACUUGGAGGCUGCACAAGCAGAAGGCAAGGGUCUCAGUUUUCUCCUCCCGCCCGCCAUAGUCCCCAAUGCUCCACUCUUGCAUAACAGCAAAUCUGCCAGGGAUAGAAAUCGCAUGGUGGCCCCUAUAAUCAUUAGUGAAGCAUUUGCUGAUGCUGGUCAGCCCUCUAAAACAUUGAACAGCAGGUGGAUGAGGAUGUUUGACAUCCUUUACUCUACUUGA